ACCGCGGCUCAACCAGGUCGCGCCCACUGUGGGCUCCUGCGCGUGGGGAGGCUGGGGCCAGCGCCUCGUGCUCCCCGGGUGUACCAGCCACCUCCCAGCCGGGCCGCAGCGCUCCGGGAGAGGACAGCCGGGCUCAGGAAAGUCCACAGGGGAGCGCCAGGCAGGCCGGGGCUGGGGCGCUAGAGUCCCAGUCGGCCGUCCCGCCCUCCCGGGUCAGCGAAACCAAUGGACGCCUGGGCCCACGCGGCAGCGACAGCGGCGAUUGGACAGCUGGGCAUGAAAGGGGCGCCGCCUUUUUAUAGGGCUCUGAGGGCGGGGGCGCAGUGGAGCCCCCGGCAGUGUCGCGGCGCGCUGGCCCCACGUCGCGCCUGCUGAGCCCCGCCAGCCCCGCGCCCGCCGGCCAGCGCAUGGCCCCGGCGUCGCUCGGCAUGAACCCUGUUGGGCUCAGGACGUGCAGCAGGGACCGUGCGGGGUCCGGCCCGUUGCCCUUCAGCGUCAAGUCGCUGCUGCAGGCAGAGCACUGGCUGGGCGCGGAGCCCGCGGAGCCCCGGGAGGAGAGGCCGCGGGGCGCCGCGGAACCCCGGGCCUGGGUCCCGGCGGCCGCCCCCUUGUCCUCCCCACGCGCCCCCAGCCCUCCACCCUGCACCCUCAGGAAACACAAGAACAACCGCAAGCCGCGGACGCCCUUCACCACCGCGCAGCUGCUGGCGCUGGAGGGCAAGUUCCGCCAGAAGCAGUACCUGUCCAUCGCGGAGCGCGCCGAGUUCUCCAGCAGCCUGAGCCUCUCCGAGACGCAGGUCAAGAUCUGGUUUCAGAACCGCCGGGCCAAGGCCAAGCGACUGCAGGAGGCCGAGCUGGAGAAGCUGAAGCUGGCGGCCAAGCCGCUGCUGCCCUCGUUCGCCCUGCCCUUCCCGCUGGGCGUCCACCUUCACGGCUCCCCGGCCGUGUACGGCAGCGCGGCGGGCUCCCUGCCGCAGGUGCCGGGACUCCUCGCCGCGCCCGUGGCCGCCUACGGCAUGUAUUACCUGUCCUAGGGCUGCAAGGCCGUGGGCCCUGGGGGCCCGCUGGGGAGGAAGGGCACGCGCGCAGGGGGUGUAGGGGGCGGGGUGUUGUCUUCCCAGGUCCGGAGACGGGUCCCCGCGGGCGAGCGGCGCCCCGGCCGGUUCCUUGCUCCUGGUGCGCAGCGGGCGUCUCGGGGUUCUCUUCUUGUCUCGUUUUUCAGGUUUUUGUUUUUGUUGUUGUUAAUACUGUGUUAAACUGGAUGCCGCAAGACUAUCUGUGGGCAUCUUACGGUUAUUUUAAAAAAAUGUUUUUAUAAAGUUAUGUUAGUGCAAACUUUCCUGAAAGACAGUGAACAUAGUUUUAUAUUGUCCUCGAAAUGGACAAAAUAGGACUUUCCAAUGUAUACAAAGCAGCCAAUAAAGUAUUCUGAGGUUUCCUCUGU